AUGGCCAAAAACCUCCCAAAAGUCACUCCCACCUUCCUCAUUCUGUUCACUAUCCUCUCCUUCUCAACCUUUUCCGCCACCGGAAAGAACCACAGCUUCUCGAGAACUUUAUCUCCGGCGAAACUUGGGCUCAAAAGAGAAAAACUGAGCCACCUUCACUUCUACUUCCACGACGCCGUUGGCGGGCGAAACCCAACGGCCGUGAGAGUUGCCGAGGCCCCCAUGACAAACACGUCCUCGACGAGUUUUGGUGGCGUGUUGGUGAUGGAUGACCCCUUGACCGAGCAGCCGGAGUUGAGCUCCAAACUCGUCGGAAGAGCGCAAGGAAUAUAUGCAUCUGCUUCGCAAAGUGAGGUGGGGUUGUUAAUGGCAUUGAACUUUGCUUUCAUGGAGGGUAAGUAUAAUGGUAGCACUCUCAGUGUACUGGGGCGUAACACUAUCUUGUCGGCGGUGAGGGAGUUGCCGAUCGUCGGAGGGAGCGGCCUUUUCCGGUUCGCACGUGGGUAUGCUCAUGCAAGGACUUACACAUUUGACGAGAAAGCUCAGAAUGCUAUCGUGGAGUACAAUGUCUAUGUCUUCCAUUAUUGAUAGAGGUGUCAAAAAUUACUGGGAAACCGGAAUCAGAAUUAGGAAACUGGGA